AUAAGAGCUUGAGAUGGUCCUUCUUCUGUUACUCGAGAAGACGUCUGUCUCAGAUCAAGUCCUGUUCCUCGACACGAUGGUCAGUGAUCGGAUCUUUCUUCUAACCCUAACCUGCUCCGUCUUAAUGCUACUAGUUAGUUGUGAUGACUUCCUACAGAUCCGCUCCCCAGACGAUGACAUGAAGGCUCAGGAGGAGAAAGAGCUGAUUGAAGCUCUUCAGGAAGUUCUCAUAAAACUGAGGAACAAACAGAUUCCCACUGCAGAGAAGAGGUUUGGCUGGGUCUCCUCGUGUGGUGCGGGUGAGCAGUGUGCGGUUCGUAAAGGCGCUCGCUUCGGGAAGCUGUGCAGCUGUCCAGGAGGAACCAGCUGCAGCUUCUCCAUCCUCCAGUGUCUGUGAAAACAUGCCUCAGUGUCACAGUGCUGCCUUUUACUCUACCUACUGAUGCUUGUUGUUUCCUCAUCACUGCUGUAACAUGUUUUAUGAAUGCAAACUGACACAUCAAAU